UCGCUGAUGGAGAUAUCUGGUAACUGAGGGUAGUCCUCGUCCUAUAUAUAUCGUGGGCUGGCUUUCCCACCCUUAAACUAAGGAUUCCUCCCCUCCUCCCCCUUUAGUUCAUCAGACCUCCGCGGACGAACUGUAAAUCACAAAAAAGGAUUUUGGCCAUGCACCUGCUCGUGGCCUCGCUGCUGGCCGCACUGGCCGGCGCGCGCUCACAGUGCAUCUCGCAGAACGACGCCAUGCCUCCCACAGCGUCGCCGGACCUCACUCCUCUCAAUGACUUCGGCGUCAACCUCUUCAGGAAGGUCGUGUCUCCGUCGAAGAACUUCAUCUUCUCGCCCUUCAGCGUCUGGAGCGCCCUCACCCUCACUUACUUCGGCUCCAAUGGCAACACCAAAUCCCAGAUGGAACAGGCGCUCCGCUUGACCAACAGAGAAGACGCUCUGGCUACCUUCAAGGCCGUCGAAAACAUAUAUACUUCGAGAAACAACAAUUAUACCAUUGACACUGCAAAUAGAAUCUAUGCAACGGACACCCUCAAGCUGAAGGAUUGCUUGCAACAGGUGUUCUCGGACAAACUGGAAACGUUAGAUUUUGGCAACCUUGAUCUCGUCGUUGAAACCAUAAACCAGUUCGUGAGCACCACCACCCGUGGCAAGAUAACUUCGAUCGUGACACCCGACACAGUCAAAGACACUGCAAUGGUCCUCGUCAACGCCAUCUAUUUCAAGGGCUUUUGGAAACGGAAAUUCGCGGCGAAAGACACGAUUCCAAGGAAGUUUUUCGUCUCGGCAAAUGAACAUGUGAUGGUCGAUAUGAUGCACCAUUUCGGAGAAUUCAAGCACGGCUUCUCCAACGAGCUCGACGCCCAGGUCCUGGAGAUGCCCUACCGAGGGAACGGCGCCUCCAUGUACGUGUUCCUGCCGAAGGACAAGAAAACUGGCCAGGAGCUUGACGACAUGCUGGGGCGCCUCAACCCCGACUCGCUCGCCGCCGCCCUCCGACAGCUAGUAUAUGAAGACGUGGUUGUUCGGUUUCCCAAGUUCAAAUUCGAUAGCAGUAUUGAUGACAAGUUGAAGAAAGCUCUCGAGGCCCUUGGCAUCACCGACCUCUUCUCCGGCGCCUCCGACUUGUCCAACUUUGCUCCCAGCGACAAGAUCGCCGUCUCGAAGGUGAUCCACAAGGCGGUGAUCGAGGUCGACGAAGAAGGCGCAGAAGCAGCAGCGGUGACUGCUGUCAUAGGCGCGGUCAUUGUCUCUAUCCAACCGCCUUCCACGCCCGUCAAUUUCUUCUGCGAGCGCCCAUUCUUCUUCACGAUCGUCGACACCAAGUUGAAUAACAUCCUUUUCAUGGGAACUUUCAGAAAACCUUGUUCAACACGAAAACCCGUAAGAGGAACAAACCUGUUUGCGUUGACAACCAUGAAGACGGUGGUGUUGGCGACAGCGCUGUCCCUUUCCUUCGGGCUGGUCAGCCCUCAGUGCAUUUCCGAGGACGACUCCCUCAUCCCGCCCCCGAGAACAUACCUCGGCCACAUCGCGCCCUUCAGUCUCGGUCUCCUGAAGGAGGUUCUUCCUGCGUCGGGGAACUUCUUCUUCUCGCCCUACAGCAUCUGGACGGCGCUUACCUUGGCCUACUUCGGGUCCAACGGCAGCACGAAGACCCAGUUGGAAAGGGUCCUUCAGCUGGGCAACCGGGAAGGCGCUCUGGCCUUGUACAAAAGCGUGGAUCAGUUGUACAGGUUGCAGGAAAACAACCCCAAUUACACGAUUAAUGCAGCUAACAGAAUAUACGUUCAGGAUGGGUUGCCGCUCAGAGGGUGUCUUCAGACGGUUUUCUCGAACGAAAUGAAAGCUGUAGAUUUCCGCCAGCAAGCACAAGCCGCUGCGGGGGAGAUCAACAAGUUCGUCAGCGACACGACCAGAGGCAAAAUUCCGCAGAUAGUGUCAGCCAACAGCGUGUCAGGAGCCGUGAUGGUGCUCAUCAACGCAGUCUACUUCAAGGGCCUGUGGGACCGUCAGUUCAAGGUCGAGAACACGUCCCCGCAAAGGUUCUUUGUGGGGCCGAAUAGACAUGCAAUGGUCCCUAUGAUGAGCCAAGAAGGCAACUUCAGAUAUGGCGAGUCUCAGGAGCUGGACGCCCAGGUGCUGGAGAUGCCCUACCGGAGCGGCCGCGCGUCCAUGUUCGUGCUCCUUCCUCGAGACCAGGGGACGGGCCGGGAGCUCGACCAGCUGGUGCAACGCCUCAACCCUUCGACGCUGACGGCGACGCUGAAGGACACGCACGACCGAGCGGUCCAGCUCAAGUUCCCCAAGUUCAAGUUUGAGAAGAAGAUCGAUAGCGCGCUUCAGCAGGCUCUGGAGCGCAUGGGCGUUGCCGAUUUAUUCUCCGACCGAGCUGACCUGACAAACUUCAAGUCCGACGGCGGCCUCCAAGCCACGGGCAUCAUCCACAAGGCAGUGGUGGAAGUGGACGAAGAAGGCGCAGAAGCAGCAGCGGCCACGGCAAUUAUAAUAGGGAUCACGUCAGUGGUCAUUCCCCCCCCGCCGGUCCGCUUCACCUGCGACCGCCCCUUCCUCUUCCUCAUCCGCGAUAAUGACAUCGACAACAUCCUCUUCAUUGGGGCUUACAGGGAGCCUUAAAGAGCCUUUCCACGGCUUUCUUCUCCGUCUUCCUUUUCUUCUCCUUCCUCUUCCUUUCUUUUUCUCCUACAUAUUCGAAUCUUCCUUUUUGUCUUUUUCCUCCUCUUCCUAUUCCUCCUAAAAGCCAGAAGUGGGGGAUUUCUUUAUAUAUUCUUCUUUUCUUUAUCUUCCUUAGUGACCACAGAGAGAAAUUAAAAAUCAAAAUCAGACACGAGGAAGGAGCAAACAAUCCAUUCCAAUGAAAUAAAUGUUAAAUUAUA